AUGACUCUGGGCAAAAAGCACGAUUGCGAGUUCGACUCUGACCCUCGCCAGAACAAGGAGCUUGCCAACUCGCUCAGAGAUAAGCAUGUUAUCAUUGCCGGUGCCGGUCGAGGCAUCGGCCGUGCCACAGCUGAACUGUUCGCAUAUAUAGCUAUCUCGUCCCUGAGCAUUUUCGCUCUCGAACUCACCGAGGUUAACGAGAUAGGUCGCCUCUGCAGCGCCAUCAACCUAGCUCUCGCGGUGCGGAUAGCCGCGCUUGAUAUUACUGAUUUCUCGGCUGUGCAGCAAUUUGUGGAUAGGAUAGCAUAUGAAUUUGGCCGCAUCGACGUCGUCUUUAUGAACGCGGGCCGUCCUCCACAGUUUCUGCCGGUGCACGAGUCUGAACCGACUAUCUGGUGGGACACGGUUGCUAUCUCGCUAUAA